AUGACUGAGGAAAAAGCUAGACCUGACAUUCAAGGAAAGAUUCUCAUUGCUACUCAUUAUUUAGAUGGCAAACCUGUAGAUAUUGAACUUGGCCGCAUGAUCUUAUACUGUGAUCCAAGCCUUGCUGCUCAGGAGAACUGUUGUGAAUUAUCUGAACAUGUGCAUCCUUUGGAGAAAAACCUGAAAACUACUGCAGCAUCACCAUCAGUUGGUCACAUUGGUAAAAUACAAGCUCUUCCAAUAAUGGAAAAAAAUCCUGAAGAAAAAUGUUUUUGCUCUCAGAACAAGGGAGAAACAGGAUUGCCAGGCGUAGCCGGUUUGCCAGGCCAGAAGGGAGAAAAGAUGCUAAAAGAAUAA